AUGGCAGCUCCUCCCGUGGCUGCGGCUCUGGCUGCAGCUACUGCAGUGCCACUAGGCUCCAUGGGGAAGUGGAUCGACUCUCUGUGGAAGAACUACGAGAAUGCACUCAAAGGGCAGAAGGAGGUGAUCAGUUCCAUGCAGGCAGGGACAUUUGUGGCGGUUAAAGAUUUGGAUAAUAUCCGGGUUUUGAUCGAACGGUUGGAGAUUGAGAUCACCGGGAUGGUGAAGAGUGCGGAGUUUGCUGUGGAGCAUAACGCAGUCAAGAUUGGGAUUGAUGAUAUCAAGAAGAAACUUGAGGUGUUUAAGAAGAACGUAGAGGAAUUGGGGACUCAAGCUGAUUUGUGUAGCAGAGAUAUUAGAAGGGCAAGGACAGUGAUUCUCCAAAGGAUCAUCAGGCAUCCUAAUAAUGCUAGUAGCAGCAACUGA